AUUCAGGAUUAGCUUUACUUGUUAUCAAACAAUAUGGCCGAAUUUCCUGACUUGGGAAAACACUGCAGUGUACAGAUUUGUCAACAACUAGAUUUUCUACCCUUUGACUGUGAUGGAUGUGGGAAAACAUUUUGUGGUGAUCACAAGUUUCCAGACAACCAUGAGUGUGACCAGACGAACAAACAAACAGCCACAGGAGACUACAAUGGGGAUAAAAGCUACAGGUGUAUGUUUGAAGGAUGCCAGGGACGGGAAUUAAUGAACGUCACAUGCAUAGAAUGUCAGAAAAACUUCUGUCUAAGUCAUCGUCAUCAGUCUGAUCAUAAUUGAAAAUUAGAAUUGAAAGAAGAUAAAACAAAAACAGCUGAACAUGUCCGUCAAAUCAUUGCUUCAAAAUCAGCAAAACCACCACCUGUACGUUCAAAGGGAGGUAAGUCAAGUAAGACAGCAGCCAAAGUGGCCCUGAUGAAGCUGAAGAUGCAUGCUGUAGGAGACAAGGGGAUCCCUCAGGAUAAUAGGGUCUUCUUCCUAGUCCAUCUUCCCAGAGAGACAAAGCAUAAGUCCAAACCUAUGUUCUUUUCCAAGACUUGGACAAUUGGAAGAGUUAUUGACUGUGUUGCUGAUUUUAGUAAGAUUUCAAACUCUAACAACACAGGCAGUGAAAAGAAGUUAAGAAUGUUCUUGCAUGACUGUGGGGCAUUGCUGGACACAGAAUCCUCCCUGGAGCUCUACUUACAGGAGGAGACCCUGUUUAAUGGCAGCUCGGUUAUCCUGGAGAGUGUCGACUCGAACUGUUCUCAAAUACACAAUUUACAGGACUAUAAGUCUUGACAGCAAAGUAUCAAUAUUAAAGCUGCUUGUUAUCCUUUUGUUA